AAUUUACCAUUCUCUGCUUCCCCCCCUCCCAUGCAUGUGAGCGUGGAUGUGGUGCUGGUCUAUCUGACUUUAUUAUGGGUAGUGGUAACAAUGGAAAAUUUCUGGUGGCUUUUUGCGGUGUCGUUUUGCAAUCUUAAAAUCCGAGAAAUGAAUAGAAACAUUAAUCAGAGAGAGGCAUCAUCCAUUUGGUUUACAGCACAAGACAGUCCCUCGUACCGUGACGCUCUCUCUGUUUUUCUCUUCCUCAUCCACCUUCGCAGCCAGCAGUUGAGAGGGAUAUCCACACCAGAUAGAAGAAAACCAGAGAUGAGUAUUGGUGGUGAAAAAGGUUCUGCAUCAACAAAGACACCAGCAGACUUUCUCAAAUCAAUUCGGGGCCAUCCUGUAGUCGUGAAACUCAAUUCUGGUGUUGACUAUCGAGGUAUUCUAGCUUGUCUUGAUGGGUACAUGAAUAUAGCAAUGGAGCAAACUGAAGAAUACGUUAAUGGACAGUUGAAGAACAAAUAUGGUGAUGCUUUUAUCCGUGGAAAUAAUGUUCUAUAUAUCAGUACUUCAAAGAGGACGUUAGCCGAAGGAUCGUCAUAGCUUUUAGCUAAGGAUCCGCCCAGGAAAGGCACAUCAUUUGGAGUUAUGUUUCUUCCUACAGUUUUAUGCUGUAAGAUUGAGAGAUCAAUCGGAAUUGGAAAUUGAUCGUUCAAGUUUGCAUUGUACAAAAAAGCUUGUUUAGUUGGAAAUGGAAUUUACAUUAUGAUGAACCUUUUGGAUUUUUCUUUUAUUGUAAUUACUGAUCUGACUGCUUUCACCU